AUGUCUUCUCCGUUGCUUGGUCCACCAGAGAUCCGCGACUCCAACGAUCUCCUCACAGAACCCAUCACAGCUUCUGGUCCCAGCGACCCUUUCAUGGACGCAAUGGUCUCAAACUUUAACAAAUCGACUAAACUCAACGUCAGCUCUUCACCUCCGAUGGGACACACGGAGAAUGGAUCCGCCACGUACCUCUCCUCAGGCAACCCCUGCCUCGACUUCUUCUUCCACGUUGUUCCCUACACGCCCAAGGAAUCUCUGGAGCAGCGGCUACAGGAAGCCUGGGACCACGACGCCUUGACCACUCUCAAGCUUAUCUGUAAUCUUCGUGGAGUCCGUGGCACCGGAAAAUCUGACAAGGAAGGGUUUUACACGGCCGCGUUGUGGCUCCAUGGUCACCAUCCCAAAACCCUAGCUUGUAACCUCGAGUCCAUCUCCAAAUUUGGCUAUUUUAAAGAUUUCCCGGAGAUUCUUUACCGGCUUCUCAAAGGAUCUGAAAUCCGCAGUAUCCAAAAGUCAGAAUGGCUCGUGAUAAAACGCGGAUAUCGAUUCUCUCUAGAAACCUGGAGAGCUGGUGGUCAUGGAAAGCUGGCGGCGACGAGGGGGCUGAGGGUAGCGAACGUAGAGAAGAAGAACCAAGAAAAGAAUGCUACAGGAAGCUUGGAUCACAAGCAAAAGAGAAUUUCAUUGGGGAAGGAGGCACUUUCAAGAUACUCACACGAUCCAGACUAUAGAUUUCUCCACGAACGUGUUUCUGAUCUAUUCGCAAAUCAACUCAAAAGAGACGUUGAGUUUUUGACAUCAGGCCAACCAAACGAAAUCUCUCUAGCGGCUAAAUGGUGUCCAUCGCUUGAUUCUUCAUUCGACAAAGCAACUCUUCUCUGCGAGAGUAUUGCUAGGAAGCUGUUUCCCCGAGAAUCAUUCCCAGAAUACGAAGGCGUGGAAGAAGCUCACUAUGCUUACAGAGUUCGUGAUCGGCUAAGGAAACAAGUUCUUGUUCCCCUCCGGAAGACUCUGCAACUCCCUGAAGUAUACAUGGGAGCGAGUGAUUGGGCAUCUCUCCCUUACGACCGUGUUGCAUCAGUGGCGAUGAAGUUGUACAAGGAGAUUUUCUUGAAUCACGACGCAGAGAGGUUUCAGCAAUAUCUCAAUGAUGCGAGUACGGGGAAAACGAAGGUAGCCACCGGUGCUGUAUUACCUCACGAGAUAAUAAGAGAAUUAGACGGCAGAGACGGUGGACUAGUCGCUGAGCUGCAAUGGAAAAGAAUGGUUGAUGAUCUUAAAGAAAAAGGUUCUUUGUCGAAUUGCAUGGCCAUCUGUGACGUUUCUGGAUCUAUGUAUGGUGAACCAAUUGAAGUUUCAGUCGCGCUUGGUUUGCUCGUCUCUGAGCUAUCAGAAGAGCCAUGGAGAGGUAAACUUAUAACCUUCAGCAACAACCCUGAACUGCAUUUGGUGACAGGAGACGAUUUGAGAUCAAAAAACAGAUUUGUGAGUAAUAUGCAAUGGGAUAUGAACACUGAUUUUCAGAAAGUGUUUGAUUUGAUUCUUGAAGUGGCUGUGAAAGGGAAGCUGAAGCCGGAAGAGAUGAUCAAGAGGCUGUUUGUGUUCAGUGACAUGGAAUUUGAUGAAGCGUCGACUUCGACUUCUUCGUAUAAUAGAUGGGAAGGGACGUCACCUCCGAGUAAUGGAUGGGAAACAGAUUAUGAGGUGAUUGUGAGCAAGUACAGAGAGAAGGGGUACGGGGAAGCUGUGCCGGAGAUUGUGUUUUGGAACCUGAGGCAUUCGAGUUCAACGCCGGUGCUCGGAAACAAGAAAGGAGUGGCUUUAGUAAGUGGGUUCUCCAAGAAUAUGAUAAAAAUAUUCUUGGAAAAUGAUGGAGAGAUUGAUCCCAUAACGACUGAUCCCAUAACGAUGGAUCCCAUGACGAUUGAUCCCAUAACCAUCAUGGAGGCUGCUAUAUCUAAAGAUGAGUAUCUGUCGCUUGUUGUAGUUGAUUGA